AUGUCAGCUGCCGAUUUAUCCAAAUACGAGCACAGUUCUGUCCACAAGGCCAUAAUCUUGAAGGACUAUGCCGGCCUCCGAAGAAUCAUUGCCGGCCUUCCCCGCCUUUGCGAUCCAUCCGAGAUUCACUCAGAGUCUGUUUCAGUGGCUGAGGAAUCCAAGGCAGAAGUCAUAGCCUCUGUAAUUGACCGACGUGAUGUUCCCAACCGAGACACCCCACUUCAUCUGGCUGUUAAAUUUGGUGAUGAGACUGCCACGGAGAUGCUUAUGCUUGCUGGGGCCGAUUGGAGCCUGCAGAACGAACAGGGCUGGAGUGCACUGCAGGAGGCUAUAUGUAAUAGAGAAGAAGGGAUUGCAAAAAUCAUUGUCCGGCACUACCAACCAUUGGCCUGGGCAAAAUGGUGCAGGAGGUUGCCCCGGUUGAUAGGUACGAUGAGGAGGAUGAGAGAUUUCUAUAUGGAGAUUACUUUCCAUUUCGAGAGCUCGGUCAUCCCGUUCAUCUCGAGGAUUGCCCCAUCUGACACCUACAAAAUCUGGAAGAGGGGCGCCAACCUGAGGGCGGAUAUGACUCUGGCAGGUUUCGAUGGUUUCAGGCUACAACGUUCGGAUCAGAGUAUUCUGUUCCUUGGUGAUGGCUCGGAAGACGGCCAAGUUCCCCCAGGCUCGCUCUGCAUGGUCUCACACAAGGAUAAAGAGGUGAUGAAUGCCUUGGAUGGUGCUGGUGCUCCAGCUAGUGAGGCAGAAGUGCAGCAAGAGGUCACUGCAAUGUCCCAGACCAACAUAUUCAGACCCGGGAUUGACGUGACCCAGGCAGUUCUUUUGCCACAGAUAACGUGGAGGAGACAGGAGAAAUCAGAGAUGGUCGGCCCGUGGAAGGCGAAGGUGUACGAUAUGCAUAAUGUGGUCGUGAGUAUUAGAUCAAGGAGUGUCCCUGGUGCCAUGUCGAACGAUGAGUUAUUUAAUUCCUCGAACGAGAAUGAUACAGAGAGCGAGUUUGAUGGUAUUCUGACGGAGGAGGAGAGAAGGCAGCUAGAGGUUGCUCUUAAGAUGGACUCGACAGAUUUGAGUAAUGAGGGCGCAGACAGCACGAUCGCACAUCGUCACAGCUGUUACCAUCAAAGGGAAAUUCCCAUUGAGGACAUUCAUGGUGGCCGAAAUGGAGAUAAUAAGCUGGAAAGGAAAGGAUGGCUCAACGGCUGGAGGAGAAGGGAGAAUAAACAAGAGAACGAGAAAAGAACUCUUCCACCAAGAAAUUCUUUGUGCGUGGAAGAAAAAGUUAGUGAUCUUUUGGAGGAAUUUCCAAGUACUCAGAGUACACCGGGAAGGCACUCUGUGGAGGUUGUUAUUAAAAGGGACGAGCACCGGAGAGGAAGAGAAAGUAAAGUUCCUUCGUCUUCCACCAUUGACAGUGGAAAUCGGCGAAAGGAUGGAAAUCGGGAAAGCGAGUAUAAGAAAGGUUUGAGGCCGAUUCUCUGGCUUUCUCCGAAUUUUCCAUUACGUACUGAAGAACUCCUUCCACUGCUUGAUAUUUUGGCAAACAAGGUUAAAGCUGUACGAAGAGUAAGAGAGUUAUUCACUACGAAACUACCCAAGGGAACUUUUCCUGUCAAGAUCGCUAUCCCAGUGGUCCCCACCAUCAGAGUGAUAGUUACUUUCACGAAAUUCGAGGAGUUGCAACCAGUGGAUGAGUUCUCAACACCUCCUUCGAGCCCAACUGCUGUUGGCAAAGAGAGCCCUGCUUUGGUUCAGCCUUCAAGCUCGUCUUGGUUCCAGUGGAUAAAAUCCCCCUAUAACCGUCCUAUUUCAUCCAUAGCUGGGUCGAGCUCGAGCAGCAAGAUUGAGAAUAUCCAAGACCCGUUUGCUAUCCCUCCCGAUUAUUCCUGGAUUACUGCCGAGGCAAAGAAGAAGAGGAUGCAGGAAAAGAGUAAAUCUAAGAAAGCCAAAAAUCCAUAG